CUCUUCCACUCUUGAUUGGAGCCUGUCAGUAGUUAUCUAUGUUCCUUCCUUGACCGAGUUGUAGGGCAGGUCCAGUGGCUAUCAGGAACAGCCUAGUCGAGUUCACCAGGCCGUUAUGGAUGAGAGUAGAGGCUCUAAACUAUUUCUUCGAUGAGAAGAGUAUCCUACGACAGUCUCGUUCUAUGUCUCUCGCGCUCCGGCGUGGCUUGAAAAUGGCGUCCUCUCCGCCAAAACUCCCUUUGAUUAUGAUCAUCGGUGCGACCGGCACCGGCAAGUCAAAGUUGGCAGUAGAGUUGGCCACGCGAUUCAACGGCGAAGUCAUCAACUGUGACGCCAUGCAAAUGUACAGUGGGCUCCCGAUCAUCACCAACAAAAUCCCAGAGAAUGAACAGAACGGAAUCCCCCACCACCUGCUCGACUUUAUCGGGCUCAAGGAGAAACUCUGGACGGUGCAGCAGUUUGUCAGAGAGAGCUCGCGCGUCAUCGAUGAGAUUCGAGCCAGGGGCCGACUUCCCAUCGUAGUGGGCGGGACGAUCUACUAUACAUUUUCCUUACUCUUCGAGGAUGCUAUUCUUACCCCCAACCAGGACGAACAUCGUUCAGGCCAGGACGCAACGCAAACAAAAGAGGAGUUUCCCAUCCUGUCGGCUUCCACCGAGGAGAUGUUCGCGAAGCUCCAGGAAGUCGAUCCCGAGAUGGCGAAGAGAUGGCAUCCCAACGACCGAAACAAGAUCCGGCGAUCUCUCCAAAUCUAUCUCCAGAGUGGCAGAAAGGCUUCUGACAUUUACGCUGAACAACGUCAAGCUUCGGUCGAUGAUCGAAACAGAGUCCAAGUGAAUGGCACCGAUAUACAUGAGAGUGGCAUGCUGGGUCAGCGGAAAAUGAAUCUACGUUAUCCAAGUCUGCUCUUAUGGUUGGAAGCCGAGGACACCUUGUUGAAGCAGAGACUGAAUGACCGAGUUGACACCAUGGUCGCAAACGGAUUGUGUGACGAAGUGAAACAAAUGGCAAUCUUGGAAGAGGAAUUGAAACAAGGGGCAGAGCCAGUUGACCUCGCCAACGGCAUCUGGGGAUCCAUUGGUUACAAAGAAAUGAAGCCUUGGCUUGAGGCAUGUCAAGCGUUUAAUCCCGAUCUUACAACAGUAACGGUGGCGCAGCAUGAGGGUAUAGACGCGGUUAAAGCGAGCACCAGACGCUAUGCUAAGCGUCAGAAUCGAUUCGUCCGAAUUCGGCUGGCAAAAGCUCUGAAGGCUGCCGGCAGGUUCGACCUGCUGUUCCUUCUUGACUGCACUGAUCUGAUCAACUGGCACACCGCAGUCACAGAGCCUGCACAAGCACUGGUGGACUCUUUCCUCAAAGGAAACGAGCUGCCUGAAGCAAAAUCUCUCUCGAUCAUGGCGGCGAGAGUAUUCUCACAGAUCGAGGAGGAUGAUAUCGAUGAUGCCCGCGAAGCCAGGACUUGCCAAGUGUGCCAAAAGACCCUCAUGACGGGCAAAGAAUGGAGAGGGCAUCUUGCCAGUCGCAGUCAUAAGAAACUUGUCACAUGGCACCGUACCCGCAAGCCCGUGACGCCUGGAGAAAGUGCUGAGAGCAAGCAAGUACUGGUACCGACUUCUCCGGACUGAUGCUUGAUCCAACUCGAUUGGUGUACCGAAGCCGUGCCGUGGCACAAGUAUCACCGCUAGAAAACCAUUCAUGGAGGUUCCGAUGCCUCCACUUUCGCAUUGUCUGCGAGUUCCUGCAAAUGUUGCUGAUGGGAUCUCAAGCCGUUGGUGCGCCACUCGACAAAAGCCGACGACAAGAUGUCGCCAUGCCCUGAUUCUUCCAGCUUGAAGACCUCCAGCACAGGAAUCUUUUCUCGCUUUCGGAUUCGCCAAACACCGUCAGAUGUGACGGUAGUCUUCAGCCCUACGUCGAAGUCAGCAACGUUCGAGCAUGUCUCAAGAUAUGCUCACACUCGAGGAAGCUUGCGGCAAAGUUGAUACAGCCAACGACAAUCCGCGGUACUCCCAGUAGGAAUGAUUGAGCCCAAAACUUGAGGAGUUUCCUCUCGUAUUUGAUUUGCUCUCUCUCGUUGGUAAUCGUGGCCGUCGUCUUGAGCUCCACCCAUUCGAUCGGCUGCGAUCUGUCUUCUGGCUUGAACGCCAUGACAGCGUCCACUUCCCCACCGAGGAUCAUUUUGACUUUGCCGAAGCCAGUUCGGAC